GUGGGGGGCUGGCAUCUCGGCCUGGUGACUCCAGCCCAUGAGGAGCACCAGGGGCCGGGGUGCGAUCUACCGGCUGAUGGUCUUCGGUUCUGCACCACGUGGCAGCCUGCGAGCCCACCCAGUGCAGUGGGAGGACACCUCGCCCAGGGCCAGAGCUGAGCCUACACUGCUCCUGCUGCACCUCCCACCCCUCAAAGGCUGGCAGAGUGUGCCUGAUGAAGCCAGCUCCCCAGGGUCAGCCCAGCCCUGAGGAGGGCGGGCAGAGGGUGGGGGCGGUGCCCGGGCCUGGCCCAGGUGGUGGGAUGGGCGGGGCACCUGCCCAGGCUCUGCCCGCCUGUGCCCGACUCGCUUGCCCAUCACUUCGUCCUCGCCAUCCCGUGGCCGUCCUCAUCUCUGUCCUCGCGGUCACCGUCCAAGCCCCAGGCUGGCCACUUCCGAAGCCCCCGAUGCCAUGGAGGAGUGGGACGUGCCCCAGAUGAAGAAGGAGGUCGAGAGCCUCAAGUAUCAGCUGGCCUUCAAGAGGGAGAUGUCAUCCAAGACCAUCCCCGAGCUCCUCAAGUGGAUCGAGGAAGGGAUCCCAAAGGACCCCUUCCUGAACCCCGACCUGAUGAAGAACAACCCGUGGGUGGAGAAGGGCAAGUGCACCAUCCUGUGAGGCCCCACGGCCCAGACUCACGCCUCCCUGUAAAGUGGACGCAUCUGUAAAGGU